AGUGCAACAUGGCGGACUGCGAGUCGGAGGUGCACCGCUUGCCAGCCGUGAACCAGGACGGCAGUGCGAGGAACGUGACGGCGGCCGUGACAAUGGUGAACAACAACGCGCGCGUACCGCAGCAUCCGCCGGCCGCCGGACCGGACAAGGACCCGGUCGGCCAGGGGCCGCGGUGCGUAACGAUCUACAAGACGGAGACGGGCUUCGGGUUCAACGUACGCGGCCAGGUCAGCGAGGGUGGACAACUGCGGAGCAUCAACGGCGAGUUGUACGCGCCGCUGCAGCACGUCAGCGCGGUGCUACCGCGAGGCGCCGCCGAGAAGGCCGGCGUCCGCAAGGGCGAUCGUAUCCUGGAAGUGAACAACGUCAAUGUCGAAGGCGCCACUCACAAGCAGGUGGUAGAUCUGAUCAAAUCGGGCGGCGAUGUCCUCACCCUGACCGUUAUUUCCGUGACGCCGCAGGAAGCGGAGAGGCUGGAGCCAUGCGAGGAUCUGAGCUACGCGUCGGUGGACUACAGCGAGAAGCGAUCUCUGCCCAUCAGCGUGCCGGAUUAUCACGUCCGCGAGAGGAAGCACGAGCGUUACGUGGUCUUCAACGUCCACAUGGCCGGCAGGCACUUGUGCUCGCGCCGGUACAGGGAAUUCGCGGCGUUGCAUAUGGCGCUGAAGAAGGAGUUCAUAGGCUUCAAUUUCCCGAAGCUACCGGGAAAAUGGCCAUUCCAAUUGAGCGAGCAGCAGCUUGACGCGAGAAGACGCGGUCUGGAGCAGUAUUUGGAGAAGGUGUGCGCGGUGCGCGUGAUAGCGGAGAGCGACGCAAUGCAGGAAUUUCUGACGGAUCGGCUGGAGGAGGACGGCGACCAGGGCCCGGCGGUGGAUCUCAAGGUUCUGCUGCCCGAUCGCGAAGUCGUCACCGUCACCGUGCCCAAGGCGGCGUCGGUGAAGGAUGUCUACGACGCGGUUUGCUGCCGAGUCGGCUUGGACGCGGAAACCGCGAAGUACUUUUACCUGUUCGAGAUCGUCGAGUACAAUUUCGAGAGGAAGUUGCAACCUCACGAACAUCCGCAUACUUUAUACAUUCAGAAUUAUUCGACUGCCAGCGCAACGUGUUUGGCGAUAAGGAGGUGGCUCUUCAAUGUAAAUAGGCCUCUAAGCGAGCAGGCGUUGACUUGGAUAUUUUGGCAAACAAUCGACGAGGUGAACAGGGGUCACAUCACCGCGGGAGAGCGGUUGUAUCAGUUGAAGGCUCUGCAGGACGCGUCGAGAAAGCACGAGUAUUUGAAAUUAGCGAGGGAACUUAGUGGGUACGGCGACAUCGUGUUUCCGCAUUGCGCGUGCGACUCGAGGAAGGAGGGCCAUGUGAUACCGGCGGUGGGCAUGGCGGCCUUCAAGUUGCACGCCGCGAAGGAGGACGGCACCCUGGAGUCGCAGGUGGUCGAGUUCCAAUGGAGCACCAUCGCCCGGUGGGAAGUGGACGAGGACGGGAUGGCGUUCUGCUUCCAAUACACGCGCCAGGACAAUCGUCCGCCCCGCUGGCUCAAGGUCUUCACUCCUUACUAUACGUUCCUCUCGGAUUGCUUCGAUCGAAUAGCCGAGGAAGCGAAGUGGGACGACCCAGGGGAAUGACGUAACGUACGACGCUAAGAGGUAUCCGGUGUUAAUAAACGUUGCAGAGGGUCCUCUUUCACUGGAUAUCUCGCACCCGUCUCUUGGUAGUCGAAAACUUUUUCUUACUAGGAUUAGGGCAGUUCUUUAGAAACGGUACCGAUUUAGCGUAGUACCUUUAGCAUAUCAAAUUUUCCAUCAGUUGGCUUCGCCGAACAUUACCAAUGCUGUGCACCGAGAGAGCGUUUGCCCACCGGUUAUCGUCGGAAGAGUCAAACGCAUAUACGAUGUGUAGAUACGUACAUCCCAGUGAAACAAAUGCUGCUACGAGAGAGACAAAAUUCGAUUGGAUUACCGCGACGCUCGCAAGUGAGAACGGAAUGUGAUUGUAUAAAUUUAAACCUGGAUUUUCGUUGUACGCCACGCUCGUCCAUGACCUGGUGAGGGAGUCUUGGCGUAGCUAGAAUUAGCGCGCAAGAAAAAAAUAAAUCUGGUUUUUAUCGAUAUACGUACAGCUGGGACUUUUGUUUCGUCGAUAAAACAACGUGCCGUUUUUCCCCUUCGUUACGACGAGCAUGAAAAUUGCGCACGUGAUGGCAUAUAAGAGAAUUACGUUAGUGUACAGAUACGUAUAAUCUAAAAUUAUACUACGGGGAUACGGUCGUGUCCGCCUAGAAACUACCUAUCCUUCUGGCCUAUGAAUUAUUAUGUAUACAGCACGCAACUCGUUUUCCGGCGAGAGAAUCGAUCGUCUUACGUAAAACGUUCCUCCUUGUUCGCCUAACGAACCCGAAACUCACUUUCGUUGGAUCUACACGUUUAAAGGGCAGAAAUGAUUGCAUUUUCUAAUGUGCAAUAUUUUAUAAAUCAAUAAUCAUUCGUCAAUUUCGUUACGCAGGAUAUUUAAAAAAAAACGAGAGGCACCGCUUUCGCACGUUUGUAAAGGGAUCUCAAUUAGUAGUCGACAGCGCGCGUCCAAUUUUAUCGCUGUGGUAGAUUUCACUCCAUAUAUUCCUCGCGAUUAAGAGCUUGUAAAAUGAGACGCCAGAAAGUCUGGGACGUCCGAGAGAAAAGAAGAAAUAGAUACAUAUCACAUUCAUCGACGACUUUAUCGUAAGCAGGAUCGGCUAUAUUCUUACUUCCUCUUUCUUCUUUUUAAACUAUCCUGUGUAACAAACGCGAUUCCUAUUAACGCACGCGUGGCUACGGCAGGUAACCACGUGUCCCGUAAUCGAUAUGUAACGUAUCGAUCAGUCCUUUACACAUUUUGUUAAUUCAUUAGUAUGUAUAGAGCAUUAGCGUUGAUACAAAGUAGAACAAAAAAAAAAGCUGUACAUAUUAACGUUACAAAUAUAUACUUUUUUGAGAAGAAACUCAUUAUUGUCAGUUGUGUAUAACAUGUGUGUAUGCGUGCGUGCGUUUUGAUAAGAUCGAGACAACGGCUCGAUCGCAAGAUGUGUAAUAGCUGGGUGUUCGCGUAUAGUAACUAAAAGUGAUCGAUUAUCACGCGAACGAUUGUGCGCGUGAAUCGCAAGUGAAUCGGAUAAGUAAGAGUCGAGGACUAUUUUUGAACCGACGUUCUCGAUUGAGAAACUUUAUCUCUCGGGCUACUCUCUUCCCCUCCCCCUCCCCCCUCUUUAGUGAAUUUAUAAAGAUACUGUACAAUAGAAAAUGCGGCAUUAGUGCUCAUCUCUCGAUUACGUAAGCGGGAUUCAGCAAGGGAGGAGGAGACGUGAAAGAAACUCGGAACAAUAAUGUAAUAAGGUCGCGUGGUUUCCUCUAUUACCUUAUACGAAGGCAGAAUAAUACUCACUAAUAAUGUUAAAAGAGAUAAUAACAAGCAAGUAAGAAAUAUAUAAGGGUAACGUUGGCACAUACUCUGCGCGUCGCGGGAUUUUGCGAAAGGCCGCAAAAGGACGCGUUUGGCAUUAGAUAUCCACAGUAGAAAGCGAAUAUUUGGAGCGAGUUCUCUCAUGCACGUUAAGCUCAUUAUUUGGUAUACGUUCGUUUUUUCUCUCUCUUCUUUUCUUUUUUUCUUUUCCUUAUAUAAUGUAUGCAUCCUGCUUUCUCGCAGCGCUUAAAUCCACUCGUUCUAAACAUGUCGCUUACUUAACUGCGAGCAGUUCUCAGCAGAUAAUAAAUAGACAGAUAGAUAUAUUAUUACCGUUAACGUUUUUAAACUUUAUUCAUGGAGUGUCGAGCGCGUGCGACGAAUGUACGGGAAAUGUAUGUGGCAAUGUAAAAUCCGAAUGUAGUGAGAGAGAGAGAGAGAAAAAAAUAUAUAUAUAUGCUUGCGACAGAGCAUAGUUAUAAUACUGUUAAUGAUAAUAGAAAUAUAGAGCAUAAUAUAGCGUAAUUAUAAUCGAAGCGCGCGAAUAUCCGAGUGAACACACACAUAUAAGACGAUCGAUAUACGAUGUGAUAUAUUCGCGCGUGCACCUAUAGAUAUUCGAUCGAGCGGACAAGACAGUUACAAUAAUGGUUUCUAUUGUUUUGUCGAUAGAGAAAUAGAGAGAGAGAGAGAGAGAGAGAGAGGAGAGAGAAAGAGGCAGGUUUUGCGAGGGAAUUGUGCAAAGUGAUCUGAAUUGUAGUUAGCAAUACGUACGUUUGGAAACUGUGUUACUGGUGAUAAAGUAAACCGAGUGAGAAUCUUCGGGUGAGAUCCACCCAACGUUUAUAUAUAAUUUAGGAUCUAUACAAAUGAGGGAAUUAGCGAAUGGCAGCUCUAUUGCAGUAAUGCGUCUAAUAAUACUUCCGCACUAUCUGAUCUAUUUGAUCAUGCAGGCGAUAUAUCGAGAAACUCGAAGGUCUCAUCGGUUAUUAUAUUACCGGCGGCAAAAAGAUUCUCUCGAAAUACGCGUCGAGACUUUUCCGUGAUUUUUUUUUUUCGAUCGGUAAAGUAAUCGAACGAAUAAUUUUCGGAUCGGAAGAGAGAGUCUGUGGCGAAAUAGGAGAAGCCACAGUGUGUUUAAAGAAUGGCAAUAAUAUGUAUUUAUAAUGAAUCUGCGUGUGUGUUAAUUGGUAGAGUUAAUUGGUAGCGGGUAUUUUUCGAGAAAAUGCGCGCGGGAAAGGGGGAGGAGAGCGGAGAUGAUGAUCGCAGAGAUACGUCCAAGUUGAAUUGGUGACUUCUGAUGCGAAAGAUCUGAAAAUAGUCGGAUGAUAUUUUGUACAGUUUUUAAAAAUUAUCUUUAUCUUGCAGUAUUUUUAUUGCGAUUCGAUCAACGCCUUAUGACAGUUUUAGCGUCGUAAGUUGAACGAAUGCGUCGAAAAUUGUCUUUCAUUUCUGAAGCUGUUCGAUAAAAAAAUUUUGCUUCUUUUUAUUGUUUUUUUUUUUCUUGCGAGAUCUCUCACUAUAUAGGAAAUCAAGCAAUUGUUUUGUUAUCUCGUUAAUUAGCGUGCUAACGAGUCUGUCAGACGCAGAAUGGCGAAUUAGAUAGUUUAAUUUAAUUAUUGUUAUUACAAGACCAUAUCAUUACGGUUAACUCUCUUUAGGCGUUAAUUAAAAUAUUCUGUAUAAUCAUAGUACGUAAUAACAAAUGCUCCAAUUUACCGUAUGAACAUCAGUUUGCGAAAGCUGUACGUUUGCUGUAAAACUAGUGUUUCGACUUAGCGCGAGAGAGGUAUUAUUCGAUUUCUUUAUGAGCCAUCUUGAGAAGCGUAUAAUAAAAACAGAAGAACUAUAGAA